AUGGCCGGAGGGACCCAAGAGGCUUCUUUUGGGGACUCAGGAGAUGAAGCAGGAGCUGAGGAGGGGGUUGGCAAGGCUGAUCCAGCCCACUUCACACAUGCCAGCUGCAGGGAGCCAGCCACGCCCCCAAUUCGCAGCACCUGCGGUUCCACCACCGCCCAUCGCUCACGGACAGCCGGCGAGAGCAGCCACGCCCCCGCUCUCCCAUUGGGCGAGUGCGCCGCUCGUCUGCGUUGCAGCCGGAGGGCGGUGCCUGGCCGCGCUGGGCUCCUCGGGAUUUGUAGUUCCCGCGCCGUGAGGGCCGGGUUGAGAAGCACGGCUCUCGCGAUCCACGGACACCCUCGGGCGGGUCGAAAGCCCAAAUGCCCCGAUGCGGGGAAAGGAAGGGCUCCUCCCGCCGCGCUUUCACCCUCUAGUAGCCUAACUAAAGCGCCGGAAAACGUGGCGGUCAAGCAAGGGUUAAGGAUCCCCCCGCCCAUCAAUUCCAAGCCACGCCCCUCCCCCCGUCUCCCCCCCAUGCGCCCCGCCCCCUCGCUUGCUAUUGGCGGGCGCGCCGAGCGGGCGCGUUUAAAAGGAACUACAUUUCCCGGCGGGCGCGCGAGAGGGUCCUGGGUGCCGGCGGCGCGAGGGGGCUGGGCGCGGCUGAGCGUGCGGUGGGCGGAGCUACGGCGUCCCCGAGGCGACGCGGCCGGGCGCUGGCGGCUUCCGAGGGGGCGGGGCCCGGCGGGCGGCGAGCAACGGACGGCGAGGAGGCGGAAGGCGCCGCGGGGCCCGCGCUCCCUGCGGCCGCCCCGACAGCCAUGGGCGAGCGCGGCAACGGCGCCCAGCAGCCGAAGAGGCGGACCGGGACCUGGGGCGGCGGCGGCGGCUCUCGGCAGCCCCGCGGCGCAGCGGGAGAGGCGAGUCCGGCCGAGCGCGGCGCGGGCGAUGGGGCGGAUCCCUUCUCCGACGCCCACUUCAGCCACGCCCCUCCCCCCGUCUCCCCCCCAUGCGCCCCGCCCCCUCGCUUGCUAUUGGCGGGCGCGCCGGGCGGGCGCGUUUAAAAGGAACUACAUUUCCCGGCGGGCGCGCGAGAGGGUCCUGGGUGCCGGCGGCGCGAGGGGGCUGGGCGCGGCUGAGCGUGCGGUGGGCGGAGCUACGGCGUCCCCGAGGCGACGCGGCCGGGCGCUGGCGGCUUCCGAGGGGGCGGGGCCCGGCGGGCGGCGAGCAACGGACGGCGAGGAGGCGGAAGGCGCCGCGGGGCCCGCGCUCCCUGCGGCCGCCCCGACAGCCAUGGGCGAGCGCGGCAACGGCGCCCAGCAGCCGAAGAGGCGGACCGGGACCUGGGGCGGCGGCGGCGGCUCUCGGCAGCCCCGCGGCGCAGCGGGAGAGGCGAGUCCGGCCGAGCGCGGCGCGGGCGAUGGGGCGGAUCCCUUCUCCGACGCCCACUUCAGGUGUCACAAGCUGCAGGAUUCCCUGCUCAGCUCCGCCAGCGGCUUCAGCAACUACCGGGGCAUCUUGAACUGGUGCGUGGUCAUGCUGGUCCUCAGCAACGCCCGCCUCUUCCUGGAGAACCUCAUCAAGUACGGCAUUCUGGUGGACCCCAUCCAGGUCAUCUCCUUGUUUCUGAAGGAUCCCUACAGCUGGCCAGCUCCAUGCCUGAUUAUUGCGGCCAACGGUUUCGCCCUGGUGUCCCUCCACGUGGAGAAGAAGCUUGCAGCGGGCUCCUUAUCGGAGCGUAGCGGGACCAUCCUGCACACAUUCAACCUCUUGAUGGUGUUGUGCUUCCCUGCCCUGGUGGUGCUGGCAGUCACCUCCAUUACUCCAGUUGGAGCCACCUUUGCCCUCUCGGUCCACACCGUCCUCUUCCUCAAGCUCUUCUCCUUCAGGGACCUCAACAAGUGGUGUCGGGAGAAGAGGUCUGAGAAAGCCGCCCGAGGACACACAGCUUCGGGGCCAGCAAAGGCCAACGGGAAUGCGAUUCCACCAGAGGUGACCUAUCCAGACAACCUGACUUACAGAGACCUCUACUACUUCCUGCUGGCCCCGACUCUGUGCUACGAGCUGAACUUCCCUCGUUCCCCACGGAUCCGGAAGCGCUUCCUUCUGCGGAGGCUCUUUGAGAUGCUCUUCUUUCUGCAGCUGCUGGUGGGGCUGAUUCAGCAGUGGAUGGUGCCCACAAUCCAGAACUCCAUGAAGCCCUUCCGGGACAUGGACUACUCCAGGAUCAUCGAGCGUCUCCUGAAACUAGCUGUUCCCAAUCACUUGAUCUGGCUCAUCUUCUUCUACUGGUUCUUCCACUCCAGCCUGAACUUUAUAGCCGAGAUCUUGCAGUUUGGCGACCGAGAGUUUUACCGGGAUUGGUGGAACGCGGAGUCGGUGACGUAUUUCUGGCAGAACUGGAACAUCCCAGUCCACAAGUGGUGCCUCAGGCAUUUCUACAAGCCCAUGAUAAAGAGGGGAGCUGGGAAGUGGACAGGUCAGGUGGCCGUCUUCCUGGCUUCUGCUUUCUUCCAUGAGUACCUGGUGAGCGUCCCCUUGAAGAUGUUCCGGCUGUGGGCGUUCAUGGGCAUGAUGGCUCAGAUCCCCUUGGCCUGGUUUGUGAGCCGCUUCCUCCAGGGCAACUAUGGGAACGCGGCGGUGUGGAUAUCCUUGAUCAUCGGCCAGCCUAUCGCCGUCCUCAUGUACGUCCAUGACUACUAUGUGCUGAAUUACGAAGGAAGCCAGUGACUCUUCCGGCCGAGGCUCAUGUUUUCCGUCCUGCCUCUCCCUCCUGAGGAUCAGUGGGGUGGGGGUGGGGGGCUGGUCUGGUUGUGGACUGCCUCCCUCCUCCGGCCUUUUCGGAUGCCUCCCAGGAGGCUCAGAUCCACUGAGGGCCCCAGCCCAGGCAAUGACGCCGAUUCUCCUCCGGAGUGGGUGGGGGGGCGGGGGGGAGCAGCCUCACGUGUGUUAUCUCGUCUCUGUGUGUGCGUGUGUGUGUGAUGGUUGCCUAUCCGGUACUCUUGAGUCCGAAUACAUUGGAUCGAUGCAAUAACCUUCCUGGUGCCCCAGUUUUUAGCUGGUCCUCUGGCAGGAUUGGAUCCCUUGAGCCGUUGCCUUCCAUCCGUGCAAUAGAAACGAGGACUGAUGCCAACCGUGCCUGGCAGGGCGGAGGGAAGCCAGGCCUCUCAAACGGCUGGGCCAAAGGGGCUGCCUCCCUGGCACUUUAAAAGGACUCAGGUUUAUGUGGGGGCCUCGCCAGUCCAAUCAGCGGAGGAGAGCAGCUCCCUCCCUCCCUCCCUCCCUCCCUUCGGUCUGCCGUCUUUCAUGGGCCUGGGGCUCCUGCCUUUUCCUAGAACUGGGGAGGCAGGUUCAUCCUUGCUCCUCCAGGGUUGCCCCCAGUUCUCUGCACUCCUGGUCCUCCGCCCUGACGCAACUGGGGCUGAGCUCUGCACAGCCAUUGGGGACAUGUCCGGGGUGGGGGGUGGCACGAGCCAUGCCUGACUCCUUGGGUGGGGUACUCCACGGCUUGGCUCUGUUUUUGUCAACCCAGCAACUUUUUAGAGUUUGCAGAAUGUAUCUGCCCAGUACAAGUGAUUAAAGCAUAUUUUCAAAAGG